AUGUUUAAAUUCGGAUUGGAUUUUUUAUCUAAGAAAAGUCUUCCCUAAGACUUCGCUGAUCAAAUUCUCAAGCUUGAAAUGGAAAUCGACAGCAAUGAAUAGACUCAGCUUUCUCAAUUAUAAUAGUUAAUCUCACUCUAUAUGAUUGGAAUAGAAUAUUAUGAAUCCAUCUAAGAUAAACGGAGCUUUUUCUUCUAAAAAAAACUCAAUGCUCUUAUUCUGUUUACUACUCAAAGAGAAAACGAAGAAUUUCUAUUAUCAAAAGAAUAAAUUAUAAAUAAGAGAGCUAAAUUCGAAGAAGAAUCAAAACGUAUUGAACUUGAUCUAAUCUACAGCUAAACUGAAUCUAAAGAGGCCCAAGUUAAAGAAAUAGUUAAUAAUCACACUAAUCAAGUUAAGUAAAUAUAAACUAUGAUACAAAACGAAAUGGCAUCUCAAACUGACACAUUCCAAAUGCGUCUUGAACGUAGAAGAAAAUCUAAAAUAGCACGUUCUUUAAGCUAAACAGAGAUCGAUUUAGAAUCAUACAAUACUACUAUCCCAAUUAAGAAAACAGAAUUUAAAGAAUAAGGAUGUAUUAAAAUUGCAGCUUAAACUAAAUAGAUCAUUUUAGAGGAAGAUGAUUCUAGCAGAAAACAUUCAUUUUUUCAAUUAGAAAAGGAUAGUAUUGAAAAUGAACUAUUACAAGAAACCAAAUUGAAGCAACAGUAGAAGCAUUAGAGAUAUGGAUCAUAAAUUCCUCUAUCAAAUAUUUCAAUAAAGCAGAGGUUUUUAAGUUAGGAAUUUAAUGAAACCCAAGAGGUUAUAGAGGAAUCAUCCCAGAAAGAAAUUUAAUAGGAGAACCCUUGA